UCAGAUUGCGUUGCAAAAGCGGCGAAAGUUUGGUUCUGUAUACACUUGUUCGUGAAUUUAUUAUUCCUGCCGCAUAUAGCCGCAUUGUUUAAGGAACAUUUGAUCCAGUUUUCGUUUUCGAGAAGCUAGAGCUCCUGCUAAUACGAACCGAGAUACUCCACAAAUCGCAACAUAAUGGCAGACAGUGCUGGGGAAUGGUGUCUGAUCGAAAGCGAUCCCGGUGUAUUCACUGAGUUGAUAAAGGAGUUUGGCGUCGAAGGUGUUCAAGUGGAGGAGCUAUGGAGUUUGGAAGAAGGGAACUUCAAAGAUCUGGAACCAAUCCAUGGGCUGAUAUUUUUGUUCAAGUGGGUCAAAGAUGAUGAACCAGCUGGAUCAAUUGUGCAGGAUAGUCGGCUGGAGAAAAUAUUUUUCGCCAAACAGGUUAUCAACAAUGCGUGCGCUACACAGGCGAUUUUGAGCAUCUUGCUGAACGCGGCACACUCGGAUAUUCAGCUCGGAUCCACGCUCACCGAUUUCAAGGACUUUGUCACAUCGUUCGACGCGUACAACAAAGGACUAGCCCUCAGCAACGCUGGCCAAAUCCGUACCGUUCAUAAUUCAUUCGCUCGACAGACCCUGUUCGAGUUAGACAAUAAGAAUGCCAAGAAGGACGAGGAUGUGUUUCACUUUGUCGGCUACGUACCUAUCGAUGGAAGGCUGUACGAGCUGGACGGAUUGAAGGAAGGUCCAAUCGAUCUCGGUCCUGUCGGGUCGGGACAGGAUUGGCUGAAGGUGGUCCGACCCAUCAUCGAAAAGCGUAUGCAAAAGUACACCGAAGGAGAGAUCCAUUUCAAUCUCAUGGCACUAGUGUCGGACCGUCAGAUGAUCUACCAACGACAGAUCGAUGAACUGAUGAAAUCGGACGACAACGAGAUGGAGACUGAUCUGAAGCAGGAAGAAAUCACGCGGCUGAAGAUGCUGGUCGAAGAGGAGGGGGCCAAACGUAAGCGAUACAAGGUGGAAAACGUUCGCCGCAAACACAACUAUCUUCCGUUUAUCGUGGAGUUGUUAAAGGUACUUGCACAGAAUGGAGAGUUGAUGCCCCUCUAUGAGAAGGCCAAGCAGCGCGCCCUGCAACGAGAGGCGACACAGUCAAAGCAAUCAUAAAAUGAUUCCUUCCGUUUCGUGCAUUUCAUUUCAUAAUAAAAUUUUCUUUCAUAUUAGGGUGCAUGCAUCCACUGCGGAA